AUGGUAAAACCACUAACCUUCAAAGGCGACAAGCCCAAAAAGACCAAAAAGCGCAGCGCGCCCUACCCACCCAGCAAACCAACCACAACGAAACUCACACAAGAAGAAACCGCCGAGCAAGAAAACACAGCCGAAGAUCAGAGCUGGGUGUCAGCGGACGCGCCCUCGGACAUCGCGGGCCCCGUUAUCAUCGUUCUCCCCUCCGACCCUCCGACCUGCAUAGCUAGCGACGCCAAUGGGAAGGUCUUCGCGAGCGAGAUCGAGAAUUUGAUUGAGGGGGAUCCGGGCACGGCGGAGCCGCAUGAUGUUCGGCAGGUUUGGGUUGCGACGAGGGUUGCGGGUACGGAGGGGAUUAGUUUUAAGGGGCAGCAUGGGAAGUAUUUGGGCUGCGACAAUUAUGGAAUUCUGAGUGCCGCGUCAUCGGCUAUUUCGCAUCAGGAGUCGUUUGUUGUUAUUCCGUCCGAGAUGCCUGGAUCGUUCUGUUUACAGACUGGUGGUGGUGAUAAGGAGACGUUUGUUUCUGUUACGGAGGGGAAGUCGAGUAAGGCGGCAAGCGGGAGGGUGGUUGAGGUUCGGGGCGAUGCCACGAGUCUCUCGUUUGAGACGACGAUGAGGAUUCGCAUGCAGGCGCGGUUCAAGCCGCGGAUUAAGGCGAGUAAGGAGACGAAGGCGAAGGAGAAGAUUAGUCGGAAGGAGUUGGAAGAGAUUGUCGGGCGGAGACUGGAUGAUGAUGAGGUGAGGAGGUUGAAGAGGGCGAGGAAGGAAGGGAAUUUCCAUGAGGAGGUGCUGGAUGUUAGGGUUAGGGGGAAGCAUGAUAAGUUUGCUUGA